CACGCAUCUUUCUGAUGGAUUAUGGGUGCUACGGAAAUUUGCAGUGCGGUUUUCACUGCGUAAUAAUGCCGAUUUGUACGUAAAGUACACAUGUACCAAAGCCGUAACCUCGCGAAUAGAACGUAUAACCUAGUUCUUUACGAGUGAACGAAGCUGAUAUCAUGGGCGAAGAACGGGAUGAGAAAGGAGAAAGACGCCGAGACCGUCGGCGUAGCCGAUCACGUUCUCGGAGCCGCGAACGCAGGCGUCGCUCCAGAUCACGUGAUCGUAAGAAAGGCACCAGCCGUAGUCGCAGCCGCAGCCGUGACAGGGCCAAGAAGUCGAGGCGCAGGAAGCCUUCGCUCUACUGGGAUGUGCCUCCCCCGGGAUUUGAACACAUCACUCCCCUGCAGUACAAAGCUAUGCAGGCGGCAGGCCAGGUCCCAGCAACCAUGCUCACACAUUCGACAAUGACCACAGCCGUAGCUGCUGCUGCGCCCGCGGGCGCCGCCGUAGCAGCCGCGCCCGCACCUGCCGUUCCCAUGGUCGGCAGCACCAUCACGCGCCAGGCUCGCAGGCUCUAUGUCGGAAACAUUCCCUUCGGGUGCUCCGAGGAGGAAAUGAUGGACUACUUCAACGCCCAGAUGCAUGCUUGCGGAUUCUCCCAGGCUCCAGGCAACCCUGUUCUGGCCUGCCAAAUCAACCUCGACAAAAACUUUGCCUUCUUGGAGUUUCGCUCCAUAGAUGAGACAACCCAGGCGAUGGCAUUUGAUGGCAUCAACUUCAAGGGACAGAGCCUGAAAAUACGUCGCCCCCACGACUACCAGCCAAUGCCUGGAAUGGCAGAAACUCCUUCCAUUGCCGUUCCAGGUACCGUUCGUUUUUUUCCGAAACGCAAAAAUAUUUCUGUCGUCUGGAGUCAGAAGCUGAAAUGUUUGUUCAUCUACUUAGGUGUCAUCUCAACUGUAGUACAGGACUCUCCUCAUAAAAUUUUCAUUGGUGGAUUGCCAAACUAUCUCAAUGAAGAUCAGGUGAAGGAGCUUUUAAUGUCCUUUGGUCAACUGCGCGCAUUUAAUCUCGUCAAGGACAGCGCGACGGGACUCUCCAAGGGUUACGCAUUCUGCGAAUACGUGGAGGUAACCACCACCGACCAGGCGAUCUUGGGCCUGAACGGAAUGCAACUCGGAGACAAGAAGCUGAUCGUACAGAGAGCCAGUGUUGGUGCGAAGAACAGUCAGAUGAACGCACCAGUACAAAUCCAAGUACCCGGCUUGCAGCUGCAGGGUGGGGCGGGACCUCCGACCGAGGUCCUCUGCCUCAUGAACCUAGUUUGCCCAGAGGAGUUAAAAGAUGAGGAAGAGUACGAAGAGAUUUUAGAGGACAUCCACGAGGAGUGUAACAAGUACGGGGUCGUCAAGAGCAUCGAGAUACCUCGGCCCAUAGAGGGCGUAGAGGUGCCAGGAUGCGGAAAGGCAUUUGUGGAGUUCAACUCCGUGAUCGACUGCCAGAAAGCCCAGCAAGCUCUGACAGGACGCAAGUUCAGCAACCGCGUCGUCGUCACCUCGUACUUUGACCCGGACAAGUACCAUCGCCGGGAAUUUUAAAGGGACACCCCCCUCCUUCCGAGUGGCCCCUCCAGUUCUUUGCCCGCUUUCUUGUGACAUGUACUUCCCAGUUUGGGACAUGGUCGUGACAACAUGGUGUUGCUCGAUUUCUUUUUAAAACUUUCGAUCAUUCGUAGAGGAUGAACCAGACAAAAGAAAAGUUCAAGAAGUUAGCGCACUUCAAAACAUCAAAGAAAAAAUGAUCUUGGGCAGUGUUCCCUCCAGAAACGAUUUGUUGUUGUCGGACGAAUUCGAUCGAACAUUACAAAAAAAAGAGAGAGAGAGACUAAUUGAAUUUUUGCCUUGGAAAAGCUGUGAGCACAUAUUGGUUUAUGUCAACAAUAGCACGUAAGAUUAAAGCUUUUUCUAGGAAACCAUUCCACUUGCACUAUUUUUGCAAACCUGUAUCAGAUUGGCGUUUAUGGACAUUGAAAUGUGCCGAAUAAAAUGGUGACCUGCUCAUUGUGAAAAUAAGCGA